AUGAGGGGCAAGCGCAAAAAGCGCAAAGCCGACGAUCUACAUCAAGAUGUGGCAAGUGUCGACGACUCAGAUACUUCGACCGAUACUGCUGAAACUGAUAAGUAUACUAUUUAUAAAUCGGAAAAUUACUGCCGUCAGUAUCCAGAAGAUGGCGGUAAUUUUGAAUAUAUUGUAAUAUAUGAAAGUUCCGAAACCAGGCCAAUAGGCGACAGAGACCUCAUGUCCCUUGGCGCUUCAUUGAAACGAGGCAACAAGGGCAUAAAAAGAUUUAAGAGAAUAAACAAAUACAAAAUCGGAGCUAUAUUCGAGCGGCCAGGGUUAGCUAAUAGCGCCCUAUAUAAUACCAAAACAUUAAAGGACCUGCACCUAAAAGCAUCAAUUCCCGCUUUACUCACUGAAACUACUGGUGUAAUUCGAAAUGUUCCCACUUAUAUGUCGAACAAAAACAUAUAUAAUGGAUUAUCAAGUUCCAGAGAUGUAGUUUCCGUGCGUCGACUUAUGCGUCGAGGCCGCGAUGAGGACGGCAAAUCGUGUUUGCUGCCCACCCAAACAGUUGCCUUAACUUUCGCCUGCCCUACAUUACCAGACAGUGUCGAUAUAGAUUCAUGGUACUUCGAGGUAAGCCUAUACAUUCCACCAGUUAGCCAAUGCCUGCGUUGUCUACGCUACGGUCAUAUCGGCAAAUUUUGUAAGAAUUCGCAAAAAUGCACCAUCUGCGGUGAAGAACACCUAUACAGAGACUGCCCUAAAGAUCCCAAGGAAGCCAUUUGUGUUCACUGCAGUGGCAAUCACAUAGCAAUUUCUUCAGAUUGCCCUAUUAAGAAAAAAAAAAUUGAAGAAAAUAGAACUAAAUACCAAAAAGUUGCAUACGCCGAUUUAUUCAAUGAGAAGUCUUUUCCAACAUUAAACAAGUCUAAACCAACUGAUAAUAUAAAAAACCUCCUACAGUGCGAUGACUUUGUAAACUUACUUAUUUCUUCUAUUAUCAAAAUAAUAUCUCUCAACAAGUCUGACGAAACGCCUGUUACUUCUGCAGGCAUCAAAAGCAUUCUAUUAGAUACUUUCAGUACAAACAAAAACAGAAAUAAACUUAAAACCACUUAAUUUUUUUAUGGACCACUUGAACAUAAUUCAGUGGAAUGCUCAAAGUCUAUCUAGUAAUAAACAUGCUUUUACAUAUUUCCUUUACAAUAAUGAUAUACAUAUUGCUUUAAUUUCUGAAACAUGGUUAAAACCCGAAAAAAAAUUUCAUAUCAAAGGUUACAAAAUAGAAAGAUUAGAUAUUGGUAGCAACCAUAAUGGUGUUGCUAUACUUAUAAAAAAUAAUUUAAACUAUAUUAGAUUAAAUACAUUACAUGAUGAUUCUUUGCAGAACAUAGCUAUUAGAUUACAGUUCAACAAUGAAGAAAUCUCUAUUGUUAGCUUCUAUAGUCCUACUUCAGCUGCCUCGCAAAAUUUUACUUAUACACAUAUCAAUAAUUUGAUUGAUUCUCUUCCAAAGCCCUUGCUAUUGGCAGGUGAUUUUAAUGCUCAUCAUACAAUGUGGGGUUGCACUUCGAAUAAUGGUCGUGGUACAACACUACAUAGUAUUAUUGAAGAUAGUGAUCUUUGUAUACUCAAUGAUGGACAAGCCACCACUGUGGGUUCCCACAAAUGGCGUCCCAAUGCAUUAGAUCUCACAAUUGUUUCAUCAUCACUAUCACUUCGUUGCAACUGGUCUGUUCACAAUGAUCCAAUGGGCAGCUAUCACUUGCCAACUGUCACUAGCAUCUUGUUCAGCUAUUCUGAAAAUACAAAUAACAAAGCAAGUCAGGGUAAUUUUUCCAAACCAAGCUACAUAAAUGUUGACUGGUUCAAGUAUAAACAAAUUGUUGACUCCAAAAUUUUAGAUCACACUUUCGAUUUUUCCGAUCCCAUUCUUUCAUACACCAUUUUUUGUAAUAUUUUAUUGGAAAGUGUCAAUGAUGCUAACACGAAACCAAAAAACAUAACCUUAUCACACAACACAAAUCACAAAAAAAGGCUAUGUCUACCUUGGUGGAAUCAGACCUGUACUGCUGCCAUAGAACAGUGUCGCAAGGUUUAUUUGCAAUUCAAAUCAGAUCCUUCUAUGGAAAACUAUAUCUCAUUUAAAAAACAACAAGCACUUAAAAAACUUUCACUUAAUAAAGAAAGAGAAGCUUCUUGGACAGCUUUUUGUGAGUUACUCAACAGACAAACGCCAUUAUCGACCAUCUGGAAAACAAUAAGAAAAUUUAACAAAACCUAUCACAACAAUAAUAUUAAAAGCUCUACAAAUAGCAGUUGGAUACAAGAUUUUUUAAAUAAAUUUUCAUCAAACCCCCAGUCACAGGUCAAUUUCAAUAUCCAUGUAUCAAACACACAUACACACAAUGAAUUUCUUACUAAAAGUUUUACUUUACCUGAACUACAUAGUGCUCUCAACUCUAGACGCGAUACGGCCUUUGGUUUGGAUAAUAUUUCAUACAAAAUGCUAAAGAAUCUCUCAGUUGACGUGAAAAAAAUGUUAAUUCUCAUAUUAAACCUACUUUGGAAUGCAUCUCUGAUCCCACCGGAGUGGAAAAUUGAUUGCCUUGUACCAAUACUAAAACCAGGCAAAGAUAACACAAAUCACAAUUCAUACCGACCUAUAGCUCUGACAUCUUGUUUUGGUAAACUUUUUGAGCAAAUGUUAAAACAAAGAUUAGAGUUCUAUAUAGAAUCAAAUAAAUUAUUACCUUCAAAUCAAUUUGGUUUCCGUAGAGGUUUUUCUGCUGCUGAAAGUAUGAAUAAUCUUUACUUAGAUAUUCAUAGUGCAUUUGCAUAUAACAGAUUCCUUGUCUGUGUUUUUCUUGAUAUUGUUGGAGCAUUUAAUAAUGUUGACCAUAAAGUUCUCACUAGAGAGCUAUUGACUCUUGGCAUACCUGUUAAAAUAAUUGCUUGGAUUUUUUAUUUUUUACAUGGCCGACAAGUAUAUGUUAAAUUUAAUAAUAAUUUAUACGGUCCAAAACUCUCUUAUUUGGGAGUUUGUCAAGGUGGAAUACUUAGUCCAUUAUUGUUUAUUCUGUAUAUUCAUAAAUUAAAUAUUGUUCUUGGUCCAGAAGUCACAAACUUACAAUAUGCUGAUGAUUUAGCUGUGUACUGCUCAGAAUCUAACAUGGUAAUAGCAGAAAACAAAUUAAACACAGCUUUAAAAAAAUUAAAAGUUUACUUUAAUUACUUAAAAUUGGAUAUAAGUUUGAGUAAAUCGAAAGUAGUGGUUUUUAGUAGAUCUAGAAAUUUAUGUGCUAACUUAUAUUAUAAUGAUAACUUAAUCCCUAUGGUAGAUGAAUUUAAAUUUCUUGGUGUAAUAUUUACCAAGAAUUUAUCUUGGAAUAAGCAUGUUUAUGACUUGUCAGACAGAGCUUCUAAAGCCUUCAAUAUUCUUAAGCCUCUUGCAAGGACAUCAUGGGGUGCUGACCCUAAAAUUUUACUUAUGUUGUACAAAUCUAUAGUCCGAUCUCAUUUUGAGUACAGCUAUUUUUGUUACGCAUCAAAUUCCAUUCUUAUUAAAAAGCUUGAAAUUAUCCAAAACAACAGUUUGCGAUUAAUAACUGGUGCCAUGAAAACCACACCAAUAAUAUCUAUGCAAGUAGAAUGUAACGUCCCACCAUUACAUCUAAGAUUCAAAUUUUUAAAAUUUAAAUUUCUUCUUAAGCUCUUUGCUAUUUCACAUCAUGCACUACUGCGAAAACUUCAGCAUUCCCAAACUAUUCCUUCUUCCAUUAAUUCCCCAAAAUACCCUUUCAUUCUUCUUCACUUCUCGAAUUUUAUGGCGUUUGUUGAGCAAUAUAACAUUUACAAAGCAGUUGAUAAAUGGGCUUGUUAUGAAGAUACAUUUGAGAGUAAAUUCUGUGCUAUGCGUAUAUCUAUAAAUAAUGACCUUAAAUCUAAAGAAGACUUUGAUCAACACAUAACCGAAUGGCCUGAUUUUCACUGUAUUUAUACUGACGCCUCAAAAUCAGAUCAAGGAGUAUCACUAGCCUAUUAUCACAACAAUAUUAAGGUUGGAUAUGGAUUUGGUUUACCACCUUCAUCCAGCAUUUUCACAGCAGAAGCACUUGCUAUAUUGCAUGCCUUGAAAUAUAUAAAAGAAGACAUAUGUGCCAGAAAACAGAAUAAGUGGCUUAUCGUCAGUGACAGUAUGUCAGUUCUUUCCAACCUUCAAAAUAAUUGCUUUAGCAAUAGAAUAAACCAUGUCAUCUAUCAUAUUAAAAAACUUUGGACGGAUUUGCGUAACCAAAAUAUCACUGUUGAAUUCACAUGGACUCCAGCACAUUGUGGAGUGGUGGGCAAUGAAAAAGUUGAUAAUUUUGCAAAAUCAAUAAAUAACUUGGGUGGCCAGAUUAAAAAUAUUUCAAUUCCAUGGCAAGACCUAAUUCCUGAUAUUUGUCAACAAAUUAAUAAAGAUUGGCUCGAAAACAGAAGGCAUAUGAAUGAAACCAAAGGUAAAUGGUAUGCUGAAAUAAAUAAUGAAAUCGGUAUUAAACCCUGGUUCGCUAGGAGCAAAUAUUUCUGUAAAAGGAAGUUCUACACACAGAUUUGUAGACUGAGAUUUGGUCAUUGCAAAUUUAGCGCUCACCUUUACCGAAUGAAAAUAACUUCAUCACCAAAUUGUAAUAAAUGCUCACUAAAUGAAGAACAAACUUUACAUCAUAUUUUUUUCACAUGUCCAGCUUUUAAUAUUCAUCGCAUCCUAUUUAUUGAUAAACUGCAAGAGGUUUAUAAGGAUAGCAUCCCGCCUUCUCUUCAAGAAUUGCUUAAGUGCCCUGCAAGUUUUAGAGCAGUAUAUGAAUACAUUACCUCUACUUUCGGAGACUUAUAAUGGAGAACACAAAUUUUGACUUUAUAGUCAGAUUAUCCAAGAAACACGAUUGCGACAACUCUCAACCGAAACAAAAGGGGAAAAAAAAAAAAAAAAUCUGAAUAGAAAUUUACACGGAUUUGAAAAAUAUUUAUAAAUGAAGAAUACUAAAGAAUUGGCUUUUUUGCCUUGAAACAUAAAAUUAUAUAUGAAAAUAUUAAACUUAAGAAUUGGCUGUAUGGCUUAGUUCCUUUGCCUUUCUCUUCGAGAAAAACCUUACUACUACUACUACUAAUUAAUCGUAAAGUAAAUUUUGGAAAGCGCGGGAAACUUCGUUUAUGGUAGACGUAUUUUUCACGGUGGUGAAAAUUUAAUUUAAUUUUAUAGUUAAAACGCGGAGGAUAAGCUGGUAGUGUAAGUUUUAGUAAUAUAUGUAAUCUUUGUAUCAUAUUUGUGUAUAGUGUCAUCGUAUAGUUGGUAAGUUUUUAUAAUUUUUGUAAAUAUUGUAUGAACGAGCCCCCCGAUCUCGAUCGGGGGGAUGAUGGCUAUGUUGGCCUGAAUCUCCCCGUGGGAUCAUAUGUAACUGUUGUUUCACAAGAUGAAUUUGAUAAAAUGGAUACGGAUUGUUCCUUAUCAUCUCAGACAGGUGAAGGAAGUCGUAAACGAACACGUUAUCUACGCCUUUGUCGGCAGUGUACGAAAAGGAGAAAUAAGAAAGGUGGUUCUAGCGGUGAUUACUGUCAGUGCGAAAGUUUAUGCAAUAUGGAAGAUGAGUCAAUUUUAAUAAAAAAGAUUACUUCUAAAAGUUCUAAACCUAUAUCUCAAUCGACGUCAUCUUCACACUCGCAAAAUAAUAAUAAUUCACAUAAAACGUCCUCUCAACCAUCAACAUCUUAUACGGAAAAUUCAAAUAUCUCUCAAGACUCUAACGCGGGAAAUUCAAAUAUCUCUCAAGACUCUAACGCGGGAAAUUCAAAUAACACGAAAACUACAGUAACCAAUACAGACUCCCGUUGGAUCGGCCGGACUGAAUAUGUUCUUACUGAUGUUUCCCCUUAUUUGAUACACGUUCAACGUAUACAAAGUUCACCUGAUGACGGGACCGUUCUCCAUCCUAUAACUUUUGGCAAUUUUUUAAAACAGAACAAAUUUGAAAAUAUUAUUCCCGGUAGUGUAAAACGUAUAGGAAGAAAUAGGUGCGUAGUUGGCUUUUCCGAUUACAAAGACGCCAAUAACUUUCUUAACUGUAAUCUUUUAGAAACGAAAAAGUUAAAAGCCUUCAUUCCGACUUUCAACGUAACAAGGAUGGGGCUAGUUCGUGGGGUCCCUGUAGAUUGGAGUGUAGAGGAAGUUCAACGAAAUGUAUCCGUUCCUUUAGGCUGCGGCAAAAUACUUAAAAUAAGACGUUUGAAUCGCAAGGUGAAAAUUAAUGACUCGGUUUCUUGGAAACCCUCUGAAUCCGUUGUAAUAACGUUUGAUGGGCAAGUUUUACCAAAACGGAUUUUUAUGUGCUAUAAUGCUCUUCCAGUAGAGAUAUAUAUUUUUCCUACAAUACAAUGCUAUAAAUGCUGUCGUUAUGGUCAUACCAAAGUACAAUGUCGUUCUAAGACUCCAAUAUGUUAUAACUGUGGAGGUCAACAUGCAGGUGUCUCAUGUGACAGGUCAGAUGAAGAUCCUCUAUACUGUGUAAUGUGUAAAGUUGAAGGGUCUCAUGCAGCGAUAGACAAGUCAUGUCCAGAGUUUGUGAGACAGACAGAAAUCAAACUUAAAAUGGCUCAGAGCUGCAUGUCUUACGCAGAAGCCAGUAAAUGUUUUCCUUCUGUUAAGCCUUCAUACGCAGAUGCACUAAGCUCAACAAUUCCAGAAGUACCGAAACCUGCAUAUGUUCCCACACCGAAGUCUGCAUCUCGUAACAAUUUUAUUAAUUCAUCUUAUAAAAAGACAGUAUUUUUAAAACCUCGCUCUCCUCCUAAGCAUCAAUAUGGUUAUGAUCGUGUUGUUCAUAAAAAUUUAUUAAAAGAUUUCCAGGUUUCAGAGCCUAAAAAUGGCUGUGCUCUGGUAGAUAAAAGUAAAGAGGAAGAAAACUCUGAUGUCUUAGAAAUGAUACUAGCUUUAUUAAGUACUUUAAUAAACUCAAACUUACUAAAACCGUCCCACGUUGCCUCUAUUAAUGAAAAAAUAAAAUCAAUUAAUGUUAAUAAAAAUAAUGGAUUGCAAAAUAAUUCAAUGGAAUUGCAGGAGUAUUGUUCCAAAGAAACAUGAUUUAAUAUAUUUGUUAAAUAAACAUUCUCCUGUUGUUGUCGCAUUAUCCGAGACGUGGUUAAAGCCAGGAUACCUAUUUAAGGUCCCUGGAUAUACCUGCUUACGUGAUGAUAGAUACGAUGGCUAUGGUGGUGUAGCAUUACUCGUCAGGAACUCAAUUGAUUUUUCUAGAAUAUCGUUUUCUUCAUUAAUCUCUAAUGAUGCCAUUAAUAUUGUCGGCAUCAAAAUUUAUAAUAUUUCUAUAGUUUCCAUUUAUCUCGCUCGUUCCUCUUUUAUUAUUCUCAAUAGCAUUAAUAAUUUACUCUCUUCACUUAGUGAUCCAUUCCUACUAUUAGGUGACUUUAACUGUCAUCACCAAAUGUUUGGUUGUGGCACCACUGACACCAAUGGUGUACAUUUAGUAGAAAUAUUAGAUUUACAAAACUUGUGUUUACUUAAUACUGGCUCACCAACCAGACGCACAAAGCCUAAUGAGAAGCCUAGUGCAGUUGACUUAUCAAUUUGUACUCCAGAUCUUGCUUCUUCUCAUUCUUGGUACACCUCAUCAUCUACUUUUGGCAGUGAUCAUUUCCCGAUUAUCAUAUCCUCUCCUAUUAGACGCCCUCCUUAUCAAAAACGAGAACCUCGUGUGAAAUAUAAAUUAAAUAAUGCUGAUUGGUCUGCAUUUAAGAACCUUGUCGAAUCUAAAAUAAAAGAUUUGCCUGAAUUAGUUAGCGGUGGUGAGACCAAUUCUUCUAGAGCUUUGGCUACAUGUUUAAUAGAAUCUGCCGAUCAGAUUUUUUCUGUUAAACGAAAUCCAUCUAAUAAGAUUCCAUAUCCUCCAUGGUGGGAUAGAGAAUGUAUGGAUGCUGUAAGUAAAAGAAAGGUAGCUGAGAGAGUCUAUGCUGCGGACAUGUCCAAUGAAAACUUAGAUAUUCUCAAUGAAGUUAUUUGUAUUACACGUAAAUUCCUCAGAGAUAAAAAGCAGGAAGGCUGGAAAACAUUUUGUACUUCUUUAUCUCCUUCUACGUGCCCUACAGAAGUUUGGCGCAGUAUUAAACGAUUUCGGUCUGCUUUCAAAGAAUCUUUAUCAUCAUCUUCACUUCCCCCUUCUUUAACAAAUGCCUUUUUAGACAGAUUAGCUCCUCCAUCAGUUGCUGAAUCGAUCUACUUUCCUUUAGAAUCAUCUUUGACAGAUGACUCUUCCUCUUUAAACUCUCCUUUUUCACUACAUGAAUUAAAAGGUGUGCUUUCACAUGUUAAAGAUUCAUCUCCAGGUCAGGAUGGUAUUAUGUACUCAUUUUUAUCUCAUCUUGGUAAUAGUGCUUUAAUGUAUUUUUUAAAUUUAAUAAAUUCAGUCAUGGUCACAGGUAAUAUUCCUGAAACAUGGAAGUCUCAAGAAGUUAUAGCGAUUAAAAAACCUAACAAACCUACCAAUGAUGUUGCCUCAUAUAGGCCUAUUGCGCUGUCCUCUGUUUUAACUAAGGUUGCUGAACAUCUUGUGAAGAAUCGUUUGGAAUGGUUUAUUGAAAACAAUAAUUUCAUAGCCAAUAGUCAAUACGGUUUCCGGAAGUCAAAAUCUACAAUAGACAAUUUAGCUAUAUUAACCACAGAUAUUCGCUUAGCUUUUUCGCGCGAUGAAGAUAUUGUAGCUGCCUUUUUGGACAUCGCUGCCGCUUAUGAUAAUGUGAACAUUUCUAUUUUACAACGCAAAUUAUUAGAGCUACAGGUUCCUACAUUAUUAAUUCAUUUUAUCAUCAAUUUACUAUCCUGCAGAUACAUAUCAUUAUUCGUUCAGAAAGACGGUAAUACUACUGAGUUAAAGCGUACAGUUUUUAAAGGCCUUCCCCAAGGUUCAGUACUUAGCCCACUUUUAUAUAACAUUUAUACAUAUGAUUUAGAAUCAUCUUUAUAUUCCCACAUAAAUGUGUUACAAUAUGCAGAUGAUUUGCUUUUUUAUUCCGUAAAUAAAUCUAUAGAUAUCGCUUGCAAUUUCAUGUCUAAUUCACUUAAUAGUUUAAAUGUGUGGUUAGUUAAAAAUGACUUAAAUUUAUCCGUAUCCAAAAGUUCAAUAGUUGUAUUUUCUAAAAAACGUACAACUCCUGUCAUAAAUGUGACCUUCAAUGGUCAAUCUCUGCCAUAUCAAACAAAAAUUAAAUUUUUAGGAGUUAUAUUAGAUUCAAAAUUGUCUGGACUUGCCCAUUAUGAACAUAUUGAUAUGAAAUGUGCACAGCUACUUAAUAUCAUGAAAUGCCUCUCAGGUGUAUGGUGGGGUGCUCAUCCGUUUUCUAUGAAACUUGUGUAUAACGCUCUUCUCCGGAUAUAAGAUAUGAUAUAGGUGUCGGUAAACAAGAUAUUCUGGAGACAAAUAUUCGUUUCAUGAGUAGCGUUGAGGAACAAAAUUGGAGUGGAUGGGAUUAUAUUUUUACAGAUGCCUCUAAAAUCUCUAUUGAUGAUUGUGUUGGAGUCGGUCUAGUUCAUUGGCAACAUAAAAUAAUACAAAAGAUUAAACUUCCUCCUGAA